UGUGAAUAGAAAAGGUUGAAAUUCUCCAUGCUCUUUCCUAAUCUAUAGAUGCCAUUUUAUUUUAUAUGAUAAAGGCAGUUGUUGAACCAAAAUAUGAAAGAAAAAAUAUUGAAUUAGAGGAGUUUUGGGUAGCUGUUAUAGAAGAUAAGAAGACAACAUGUGACGUUAUUAAGAAAUUAAAUUAUUGUUUACCCAAUGAUUUAUUUAAACAUUUAAAAAGAAUAAAUGGUAUAUAGUCUCAAAACUUUGUGAAGAUUUUUAUAAGUAUUAUAUUAAAGGUAAAAAUAUGUUGGUCAUAUUAGCAUCUUACAAGUCCUUUGAUGAGAAAUUUUUAAAACAAAUAUUAUCUUCCAAUACAAUUGAGAACUCAAUAUGAAUUAUCAAAUAAAAUUUGGCCCACUCAUUAUUAUGAAAAUAAAAAAUACACAAAUCAACUGAAUUUUCUUAACUAUUAUAAUACAAAUUUAGAAGCCAUUAUGAUACCAAAUAUGAUGGAGGCAAUAAAAAUGGCUCAUAAAGCUUUAAUGGACAAUAAUGAACCUGUUGGGGCAGUUAUAGUUGAUCCCUAAAACAAAUAAGAUCCUGGCUUCUUCCCAUGAUUCACGAAAUUCAUCCAGGAACCCUUUAAACCAUGCCAUUAUGAACUGUAUUGAAUCACUUUGCCAAUCACAGAGAAAGAUCCUCGAUACCGAUUAUAGAGAAUACUAUCCGAACAAUAAAAAAAUAUGCAAAUCUUAUGGUGGCACAUCUAUGACUGAAGAACAAAAUUCAAGCGCAAAAUUUGAAAACGAAAUGCAAUAUUUAUGUACCAACUACCAUUUAUUUACUACUAGGGAACCAUGCAUAAUGUGUUCCAUGGCAUUAGUGCACGCCAGGAUUAGAAGAGUUUUUUACGGGACAGAAUCUAAGUAUGGGGCAUUGGGAAGCAAUGGCGUGAUGCUGCACACGAUCAAAUCGCUGAACCAUAAUUUUGAAGUGUACAAACACCUUAUGCUGGAAGAAUGUCUCGCAUUGAACAGAUUUUGAUAACUAAUAUAAACAAUAUUUUAAGAUGGUCAAAUACAGCGCCGAUUCUUCUAUUUACAUAAUUCGUGAUAAUCAUUUUCUCCGCUUUGACAACAUAUGGGGAUUGGGCUAAAGACAAAUUU